CUCGAGAGAAGAAGAAGGAAAAAGGAAAACGAAAGGGCUCGGGCGGGUCAUGCGCGAACGCCCAAAAUAAAAGUUUCAAUGAUAUCAUAAGUCCGAGCCAAACCGAAACCCGAGUGACGUGGAUUUGGACUUCCGACACUCAAAAAUCCUUGGUUCUUUUGUCUUUUCUCUUUUCCCAGUUCAGACAACACCACAUUGUAAAAAAGCGAAUGUCGGCCAGCAAUUCACCACAAAGUUCAGCACCAUACAGUCCGGCUGUCGACAGCAAUUUGUCAGCGACGGGAAAUAAUAAUCCUGCUCAAUCUCUGUCCACUGCAUCAAAUACCAAGCCCGUCAAUGUCAAAUUGGUUUUACUAGGUGAAGCGGCAGUAGGCAAAUCCAGUUUGGUCAUUCGGUUUGUGAAUCGUGAUUAUGUGGAGAACAGAGAACCCACCAUUGGAGCGGCCUUUCUGACUCAAAAAUGCACGGUGGAGGAUCGCACCAUCAAAUACGAAAUUUGGGACACAGCGGGCCAAGAACGAUUCCAUUCCUUGGCGCCCAUGUAUUAUCGCAAUGCCCAGGCCGCAGUGGUGGUGUACGAUGUGACCAAGAGCUCGACUUUGGAAAAGGCCAAAAGCUGGGUCAAGGAACUGCAACGCCAAGCCAAUCCUCACAUCGUGAUUGCUCUAGUGGGAAACAAGAUUGAUUUGGUGGAAGGCGAAGAAGAGGCAGAAGAUGGCGAUGAUACAGCGAGUGUGACCCGUCAAGUUUCGACCGAGGAAGCAUCCGCUUAUGCUUCAGAGGCCGGCCUUUUAUUUUUUGAAACGAGCGCUCGAACCGCCCUCAACGUGGAUCAAGUAUUCACAGAAAUAGCCAAAAGCAUUCCCUUGGAAUAUAUCAUGUAUAGUCGUCCUGGUGCUCGAUCGGGCGCUGGUCAAACCAAUCCCCGAAUUGAUCUCUUGCGUGAAGGUGGCGCCAAUGGUCGCGGAGCUGGCGGAUGUGCAUGUUAAAGCGUCUAAACAGAGCUGCUUAAAAAAAAAAGACAGAAAAAACUCAGAAAAAAACAACCUUUACCAUGCAACUUGGGAAGAGAAUACUGAUUUUAUAGGUGGUCAUCGUCCUUAUUAUUGUAUUUCAUCCCUUAUCAUCAAGCCUUGUCCCGUUUCCUGAUCGCUGAAUCUCACUAAUAUUCAUAUCUUAUCUCUCUCUUUUUUUCCCUCUCUCUUCAAUGUUUUCCCCCCUAUGUUACUUAUUAUUGGCCAUCUUCAAUAUAUCGUCUGUCCCCUUUUUGUUAAACCGUCGUAUCCUUCCAAUGCUUCUUCACAAUAGAGCAAUUUCAUCCACCCAAAA